CGUUACUUUUUUCAUUGAGCCAAACCCCUGGUCUCGCUUUCCAAAUUGCAGUUGUAAUGAGUUCCCCUGUGUACUGGAUGUGAGUGGAUGGGAGCACAGGAACCUAGUGGUGGUGUCAUGAUCUUAAGGAAGGAGUGAAGUCUUAACCUAGCUGCUUACACAUAUUACUAUAUUCCUGCUGCUUGGAAACAGGAACAGUAGGAAUAAUACACAUUAAAUAGCAUAGACAACCUGAGUGUUAGGUGUUGUACUUGUCUCAUCUGAUGACUGAGGCCUGUUUAUGUGGAAUGUUCUGAUGCGAGGCCUGGCAUAAUGAGGACCCUUCUAGAAUACACUGGCUUUUUUCUAGCAUUUGUCUCUGCCGGCUUUCUAAUAGCUGCAACUUGGACUGAUUGUUGGAUGGAAAAUGCAGACGAUUCUCUGGAGGUGAGCACAAAAUGCCGUGGCCUGUGGUGGGAAUGUGUCACUAAUGUGUUCGAUGGCAUACGGACUUGUGAUGAAUAUGACUCUAUAUUUGCUGAACACCCAAUGAAAUUAGUGGCAACACGUGGAUUGAUGAUAACAGCAGAUAUCUUAGCUGGGUUUGGUUUCAUAAUCUUUCUCUUGGGGCUUGAUUGUGUCAAAUUCCUGACAGAUGAAUCAGAUGUCAAAUUAAAGAUCUGCUACGUAGCCGGUAUCACCCAGCUUAUUGGAGGCGUCCCUGGGAUCAUUGGCUCAGUGUGGUAUGCCGUUGAUGUUUACGUUGAGCGAUCAACCUUGGUUAUUCAUGAUGUUUUCCUUGGAAUCCAGUAUAAGUUUGGCUGGUCCUGCUGGCUUGGAAUGAUUGGAUCACUGGGAUGUUUUUUAUGUGGAGGUAUCCUGGUUUUGUGCCAUUAUCUUUUUAAAGAAAAUGGAUAUGGCAGAAACCAUUUUUCUUUUUCAAGAAAAACCUACUUGCGCUCAGGAGGCUCUGCGGCAAAAUUUGAUUCCCAUCCCAGAACUGAAACCGCCAAGAUGUAUGCAAUGGAUACAAUAGUGUGAAAGAACUCUGUGUUUUGUCUCCUUCUAUCAUAAAUGCAUUAUUAUGUGAGCCGAUUUGCUGUAUUAGUCCAUUCAGAGUUGUGUUUAUCUUUGGGAAGAUGCAUUCUAAACCAUUCGAGUUACAGGCAGUAUGGAUCUCUAUAAUCCCUGGAGUCUCAGAAUGUGCAGUAUUUGGGUGAUAUUUUUUAUCUGCUGUAUAUAAUUUGUUCUAAUCCAAAUAAGAUGAUGCCUGAUAACACUU